CUCUCCGACCGAGUUAAACUCAACGAUGGAAGCAACAGCAAAUAUGCAAAACACCCGGGAAAACUCUGCCGAUCCUAAUCCCCAGCAUCUCUCGAAAAACGCCCAAAAGAAGCUCUUGAAGCAACAGAAAUUUGAGGCUAAGAAAGCAGAGAAGAAAGCUCUGAUGAAAGAGCAAAAACAGAGGGCUGCAGAGAGGAAGCGAAAAGAAUGGGAGGAGAAACUGGCUGGCCUAACCGAAGACGAGAGGCUGAAACUCAUAGAUUCAAGGAAAGAAGUGAGGAGAGAAAGAAUGGAGAAAAGAUCGGAGGAAAGAGGUGAGAAAAUCCAGAGACUGACAAAGGCCAAAGAGAAUGGCCAAAACAUUGUCGUCGAUCUUGAAUUCUCUCAUCUCAUGACUCACUCUGAGAUCCACAGCCUCGUUCAACAGAUUAUGUAUUGCUAUGCAGUGAAUGGAAGAUGUAGUUUUCCUGCUCACCUCUGGUUGACCGGAUGCCAUGGGGAAAUGGAAACUCAAUUGCAAAGGCUCCCUGGAUUUGAUAAAUGGAUUAUUGAGAAGGAAAAACAAUCCUAUAUCCAAGCGUUUUCUGAUCAGAAAGAUAACUUGGUGUACCUCACAGCAGAUUCUGAAACUGUGCUACAUGAACUUGAGCCCACCAAAGUUUAUAUUGUUGGCGGUUUGGUGGAUAGAAAUCGGUGGAAAGGUAUAACAAUGAAGAAAGCAGAGGAGCAGGGAAUUCAUACAGCAAAACUUCCAAUUGGAACUUAUAUGAAAAUGUCCUCUUCUCAGGUCCUUACUGUAAACCAAGUUGUAGAGAUAUUCCUCAAGUUCUUGGAGACAAGAGAUUGGCAAGCUUCCUUCUUUCAAGUAAUUCCUCAGAGGAAAAGGUUUGAAGCUGAUUCAGAAAACUGCCAAGAAGCGGAUUGGGAAAAGUGCAAGGAGGAAAAUGAGGAAUCUGAGAGGAAAAAGAAGUGCAUUGAAGUACUUUCUCAUGACUAGAAGAGCUUACAGAAUUUUUGCUUAUCCAUCUCCCAUUACAUGGAACGCCUGUACUAGUGGAAAAUCAUUACAUGAAAAUUGAUUGGUUUUGAAGUUUCAUUCUUUGCCUCCAUGUGCCUAUGGUGCUUCAUGCAUUCCAAACUUAAAUUGAACCUGUAGAAAAAUAGUCUUGUGGAUGCCCACGAUUUUGCUUAUUCUUGAAAAUUCAGUUCUACUGAGACCAUUAGCGUGAAAAGUCCCUCCUAG